AUGUCACAUGACUUAAUCCGAGACUAUCAACAGGAAGUGAGUCUAGUUCAUAGAUGAAUAAUAAAUUCCAGAAAUUUUAUAUGAUUUCUGCAUGAAUGUAUGAGGCAGAGGAAGGAAACAGCACAGCCAAAAUGUAAACAAUCACUCGGACUGUGUGAAAAAUGAGGAUGUUAGCAGAAGGGAAGCCAAGGUACACCCAUAUCAUCUAUAUACACUAAACUCCAACCUACCAUAUACACCGCCUGUAACCCAUCUUGGUCCCUGUCUAAAAAAAACAACAUGGUGGACCGUCUCCCACAUGGUCCUUCACGUAUACCUGUCCCAAAAUCUAAGUCCUCCCCUAAAGUGAUGCGUAAUGGAAAAUGUGGGACAGAUGUUGUCCCGGUUAUACAAGGGGAAGAUUGUGUAGGAGAAUCGAAUGGUUGUGAAAAUGGUGUCAAGUUAGAUAAGGUAGUUGUAAGUCAGUCCCCUAAGUCUUUGUCUAAAGUGCCAAAAGCUACGGCUCCCAAAGAACUUCUCAUAGACAAGGGUAAAAGUAAGAAGCCUCCUGAGAAAGGCUUUGAAACAUUUCUCAUGACAGGUGAUAUGAUAAUCAAGACAAAUCCAUCGCUAAAACUUCGUAAAAUGGAUGGUAGUGGGUUAGAAAGACACCACUCUGACAGUACUUCAUAUGAUAAAAACACAGAAAAGAAAACUUUUAAAAGAUCUGCCUCUUCUCCUGAUCAAACUACAUUUACCGGUGCUACAGUCAUAACACAUGAUAAUGUUACAAUGGAUAAUAUUUCAAAAGCAUUAGAAGACGAUGAUGAAAAUCCUAUGAACCGUAAAGAGUCUGCUGAGUCUGGUUUUGAGGAACAAGUUAUUCAUUCAGACUCUGGCACAUUAGAAAAGCCAGAAAAACUUCCAAAUGAUCCUACUAGUGUCUCUGAUCUGUCUGAGGUUGAUUCAGAUGAUUUGUUAGGUAAUGGAAAUAUGGUAGAAUCUCAGUCGUCAGCUGUGUGUAAUGUUUCAACUGUUUCAACUCCUUCUGAUUUGAGAUCAGAAAUUUCAGUAAGUACUGUGUUACAACAGGAAGUGGAACCUCUCCUGAAAGAAGAUAGUUCUAGUUCUAGUAGCAUUGAUGUCUCUUCAACAGAGAGCUUUUCAGGGGAGCUUACUCCUGAACUUAUAUAUGAGAGAAGUUUAUCAGAUUCUGGUGGAAUGUCUCCCAUUUAUCAGCAUGAUGUAAAAAAUUUAAUUUCAUGCAAAAGUGCUGAAAAAAUUCUUAUUCAAAAACAAAUGAGACAAAAAAUUCAGGAUUGUCAAGGUGUAAGGGCAAGCAAAAGUCAAGAACAAUGUGUAGGUGAAGAUUUUACAUUUGUAAGUAUUGAUAUAGAAGAUACUGCAUAUUCAUUAGAUCAAAUACCAAUGCUAGCUGAAAAGACCCCUACCAAAGAUGAAUUUGAAAAACCAGUAAAGUUUGAAUUAGAAUCUCCAACCAAAACAAAAAACAAAAAUGAAAGGGUUCCUGAUCCAAAUGAUGACAGGAUAUUUAUGCCUGCAUUUGUUCAACUUGAUGAAUCUGUUAAAGAAAAAUCAGAAAUUUCAAGUGAAGAUUCUUCAAAAGAUGAGUGUAGUGAUACGUUUGAUUCAGAUAUGGAAAAACUGGAAAGUACUGAUGAUGAAAGUGAUAGUGUAAGAUAUGAAGAUGCUCAAGAAAUAACUCAGGAGUUAGAUAAAGUCCCUGAUUAUGGUGCUCAGACUACUGACAAUAAAAUAUAUUCUGAUGAUGAUAACUGUGAUGAAGGGGAGGAAGCUAUGAACCAGGAUGACUUAUUUGUACUGCCACCUGCCAAAAGUGUAGAUCAACCAUCUGCAAUGAGGCUAGCCAAGCGUCUCUAUAAUCUAGAUGGCUUUCGGAAAUCGGACGUAUCACGGCAUCUUAGUAAAAAGAAUGACUUUAACAUCUUGGUGGCUGAAGAAUACCUCAAGUUCUUUGAUUUUACUGGUGAUACGCUAGAUGUGGCCUUACGGAAGUUUCUCAAACAAUUCUCUCUCAUCGGGGAGACCCAGGAGAGAGAGAGGGUUCUCGCCCACUUCUCACGGCAUUUUAUCCAGAGCAACCCAGGAACAUACAAUUCUGAAGAUGCAUGUCAUACAUUGGUUUGUGCAAUAAUGUUGCUGAACACUGAUCUACAUGGCCAGGCUGUUGGCAGGAAAAUGGCAUGCAAUGAAUUUAUAGAGAACCUUGCAGAGCUUAACGAUGGUGAAAACUUUCCGAAGGACCUUUUGAAGGCACUUUAUCAUGCUAUAAAAGCUGAACCCAUAGAAUGGGCUCCUGAUGAAGAGUUUCAAGAAGUGAGUACAACUGAAGGUGAUGAUCAGCGAACAGCCAAACCCCAACCCACACCUAGUCUUCCAAAUCUUCCACCUGUUGUUGGCAGGAACCCCUUCCUUGAUGUACCUGAUCCCAGCCAGACAACAGAAUACAAGAAAGGUUAUAUCAUGAGAAAAUGUUGUGUUGACCCGGAUGGCAGGAAAACGGCUGUUGGAAAGAGAAGUUGGAAGAUGUAUUAUGUUGUAUUGAGGGACAUGAUCCUUUACCUAUAUAAGGAUGAACAAGCAUUGAAGAAAGCCUCGCAGUCUGGAUCUCACAACGCCAUACGUGCGCACCAUUGUUUAGCCUCAAAGGCCUCAGACUAUACUAAAAAGCAACAUGUGUUCCGCUUACAGACUGCCGAUUGGGCAGAAUAUUUAUUUCAAACUUCGAACACUAAAGAGUGCCAAGAAUGGAUAGAUACUUUGAAUUUUGUAGCAGCAAGCUUGUCAGCACCCCCUUUACCUGGUGCUGUUGGCUCACAAAAGAAGUUUCAACGGCCUCUUUUACCAAUCUCAUAUACUCGCCUUAAUUUGCAAGACCAGUUACGGAGUAUAGAGGAGAGACUCCAGCAGACUGAGCUAGAUCUACAGGAGCACAGGCAGUUCCCACCGGAGAAAGGUUCUAAGUCCAGUGUUAUCCAGCACUUCCUCGAGAAAGAAAACUAUCUCAUAUAUGAGAUUGGUCGGUUGAAAACAUAUGCAUACCUUCUACAGUCUCGGCUUGCGUCUCACCCAGAGCUCGAACCUUCAUUAGUAGAGACAGCUAUUGGUGAAGAUGAGGAAGGUAUCAAGGGAGUUAACCCGGUCAUUCAUGCAUUUACCUCCCCUGUUCAGAAAAAGACAGGAGUACAACACAGCAUUUCAGAUAGGGAGAGCCCCUGUGAGAGCCCAACAUCAGGUGUUAGGCCCAAUCCAGACCCUGAGAUAAAGCAGUCAGAGGGUUUGAGCCCAGAAUCAGAUAUAAACAAAGGGCAGUCAUUGGAAGAUGCCAUCCCAUCAGCAAAGAGUGGAAAAAUGGACAAUAUUUCAGCUCCGUCUUCAGAUGGAUCAGCCAUAUAUAAUGAACAUGGUGAACUUGUCAGUCCAAAAUCAGAGGUCACAAAAUUCUGACCUUCCACAUGGAUAAUAGAACAGUAUCUGAACUAUCGGUAACCCAGUAAUGUUUAUACUUGCCAUAUCAACAGAAACUACUGUUCAGUAAUACAAAAUCAAAAGAUUGUCAACAACAAAAUAUUAUCAAAACUAUCAUCAUUGACCAGUUUUCAGUGAUAGGAUUACAGAAUAUCAACAGCUAUGAUAGACUUCCAGUGUUGAAGAAUUAAAACUUUAAAGGAAAACCCAAUUUUCAGUGUUGAGAGAUAUCAGCAGACUGCCAGCAACAAUACUCUUUUCAUUGUCAGGAUAUCAGGAUGUUGUUAGCUGCAGUGAACUAUAGAUUUGGUAUUGAUUGUCAAUGUUAAAAUAUUAAAACUGUCAGCAGUAAUUAUUUUUACGUCUUAAAAAUAACAAAAGUUUGUUAGCAACAGCUGAUUAUCAGUGUUAUGGUAUCAGAACAUUUGCCAAGAACAGAACUUUUCCUGUGUAACAAUAGCAAAUAAUUGUCAGUUACAGCCAGUUUUCUGUGUUGAUGUAGAAAAAAAGUAAAAUACAAGAUAAAGUGAAAGAACUUUCUUAACAACAACUGAUUUUCAGUGUAAUGAAGUCGGUAGCAAUGAGUUAUCAGUGUUAGAAUAUUAAAACUGUCAGCAAUGACCAGUUUAUAUUUUGCAAUAGUAAGACAUUGCUAGUUCAGUGUAAUGAUACCAGGACAUUUUUAAAUAAUAAUACAUAAAAGUUUGCACUGUGAAGUAUCAAAUAAUUGGUGGCUACACCUUGUUUUCUAUUGCAGGUGGCAAGUGAUUCUACCUUUGCGACCAGUGUAGAUCAUGGUCAGCCUGUACAGCUGUGCAGUAUGAUCAUGAUAUACACUGUUUGCAAUUCAGUCAGUAUAUUUUUGGUAUGCACCCCUAAUAACAGGGAUAAGUUAUAGAAAUUUAGCAGGCUAAGGGUUAAAGUAAUGAGACAUCAUCUGAUACAUCCACUUACUUGAGUUCAAGAAUCAAAACUUGAUUUACAGUGUUAUGAUACCAGAAUAUUUAAUGACAGUAGAUUUUCAGUUUUGAAAAACAUUUUCAGACUUUGCUAGUUUUUUGUGUUAUAAAAGACAGAACUAGUUCUGUGCUGCAGUAAGGAGAGAUAAUCAGCUAGGACUUGUUUAUUGGCGUUUAUUGUAUUAUUGACAAAACUACCAGUUCAUUACCAACUUUUAGUAACAUCUCUGAACCGAUAAAGCAAGACAGAUCUACCUAUCAUAAAAAUCAAUAAAACCAAUAAUCCAAUAUCAUAGCUAUCAGACAGAUUCGUUCAUUUCCGUACUAAUUGUUGUUGUUGUAGUAACACGGGGGAAAAAUCGAUAAUUAACAGCUUUGGUCAUUAUCUGACGCAUUACAGGCGGGCGGUUUGCUAAACGAUAUUCUUGAUUGAAUGAAGCUUUAAUAAUUAUUAAAGUGAAAAUUGGAACAAGUCGAACAUUUAUACAAUAGUUUAUUAAUUGUCAAAUAAAAGUGAUAUUUAAGAAUAUGAAUAUGUUAUCUAAAAUAUUUAGAAAUCGUUACAUUUUAUACAUCGAACAUAUAGAUUUACUUUCUUUUUAAUACAUGAAACAUCAUGCUAACGUAUCUCUGUGUACAGAAAAGAAAUAUUUACGCACAAGAAACUGUCUGUAAAUAAAAUAAAUAUUCAAGAAUAUGAAUAUGUUAUCUAAAAUAUUUAGAAAGCGCAUAUACUUCCUCUAUACGCGCUUUCUUUUACAUAUUAUGAACAUUAGAAUAUGAGCUUUUGUCUCUAAAAUAUUUUCAAAAUUCUAAAUCACUAACGCUUUUCGAUUUUCAUCGUAAAAGGUAGUAAAAACAGCAAAUUCUCAUGUAUUUCCGUAACAUAAAGUUUGUCAGUAAUAAAGUUUUGAAGCCUCCAUAAGAAAUAUAGCCUUUUUUUCAAGAUGUCUAAAAAGUAUUUUUGUUGUCGAACGAUCUGGAGGCCAGUCGCUUUAAAGAAAAAGAAGUAUAGAAAUAAGACUUAUACUUUUAAAAGGAAAUACUUAACCCUUACCAUGCUGGUCACGAUUGGUUCUUCCUUUGCGAUCAGUGUAGAUCAUGAUCAGUCUGCACGGAUGUACAUCCGUGCAGACUGAUCAUAAUCUGCACUGUCUGCCAUUCAGCCAGUAACUUUUUGGCAUGCACCCCUUUUCAUAUAUACUGUCCAAAUUGAAAGACAGACAAGUUCAUUAUUGUAAUUUAGCAUGGUAAGCAUUAAGUUUCUUAUAUCGUGCCUAAAUAGAAAUAUCAUAUUUGCGUGACUUGAAUAAGUACUGCUGACAAAUACUACUACCAUAGUAUACUUUAACUAUAAAUAUAUUGUUACAGGAGAAAAAAAACAUUAAAUAAAAAUAACUUCAUCAAUAUCUCAAUUUUAGAAUAGCAGACUUAACUAAGUGAUAACUUAAGUUUUUUCGUAAAAUUUGGGCCAGGAUCUUUACUCCGUAAAUAUUUACGGAACAAUUCUAUAACCGAUGUGAAUUCUAAAUUUGUACUGAUUCUUCCUACUGUCAUACGAUUCAUGAAAUAAGGGUAAAACUCGUAAAAAUCAAGAUUCCUGAAAGAAAGGGAAAAGACUAUGUAAAGACAGAAGAAGGUGAAAGAUAUAUAUUACAACGCAAAAACCAUAAAACCAUUAAAAUACCUAUCACUUAUAGUAAGUGGGGUAACAUAUCUUUUAUGACCCGGCUUGAAACAACACUGACCGGAUAUUGUUUACCCCUAGGCAAUAUUGUAAUACACAAUAAAAGUCAAAGGGUAAUUUUAAGAUAUUUGUUACAUUUAAAUUAUUUUAUGCUUAAUCUGAUUUUGUGCAAUCUUGAGACUAAAACAAAUAAUAAAUAUUGCAUUUUUUUAAACUAAUGAUUAAAGAAUGUACCAAAAACAUGCAUUAAUUUGAGAAUACAGAAUAAUAUAUACAAAGGAGGUUCGGAAAGAAGCAGAAUUAUCAGUUCAUCAAGGCUAUCUUUCAAAUUAAAGUUUGGUCAUAUUAUGAAUAAUAGAAAAUGAUUUUUUUUGUUUCAAAAUUACUAAAAAAUCAAAUAUGAAGAAAUAAAGAUGACCGCGUCGGAGAUCGGACCCAGACCGCCGCGGCAAAAAAAAGUCCCCAGAUCGUUCGGCAAAAAAUAAUAUAGGUAUCUGGAAAUAAAUCAUCGCUAUAUUUCUUAAGAAUGCUUUGAAACUCAAUUACUGACAGACUAUAUUUUACGAAAACACAUGAGAAUUAGUUGCUUUAAGUACUUUUUUUUUUGCGAUGAAAAUUAAAAGCAUUUGUAUAUUUAAUGCGAAUUGAACACUAAAUCCCCCAUAGCGUUUAUUUGAAACGACAGCGGAUCUAGGUUUCGGCGUUUCUGAGUUCAACAAUUAAUUUGUUUUAAUUUGUCUAAUUACAAUCUCAGUUUUUUUUGUCAGUGUAAAGUUGCUUACAAUUCAUAGGUAUUGAGCUGUAACAAUUUGUAUCGACAAAGUCAGACUAGCAGACGACAAUAUUUUUCGUAACAGCUUCCGAGUACUUACGGAUAAUGGCGGAAAAGGCCGGAAUUUUUUAAGAAACGUUCACUGUACACACUAAAAUGCAAAAAGGACCAAACAAAUCAUUAUUUAAUUUAAAACAAAUUACACAUAACGAAAAUUGAAUAAUUUUUCUACAUUUUUAGGGGUAUCGAUUUUUUGAUUAUUUGCAGAAAAUAUCUCAUUUUAUCUGUUAUAUAUUUGAAAAGUCAGUUUUUUCGACCCGUUUCCUACAGAGUCUAUAUGAACUGAGGUGGGUCUAUUUAAAGUCAGAAAGGACCAACCAAAUAUUAAAAUAUUCUUUUGAAAAAAUUUUCAUAAUAUCCGGAAUAAAUUAAACUUUAAUUUGUGGGGUAUCGAAUUUUUGAUUUCCAAAUAGAACUUUUUCUAUUUAAGUUUAAGUAUUUUUUUCCUUCUUUGUUUAUAUAGGCAAAUUUAUCGAUUUUCCGAUAGAUCGAUGUUACUAAAAGUUGGUAAUGUGUUACAAGCUUUAAGAUCAUUAACUUGAAGUUACAGAAUUUUAAUGCACUCAGUGACUGGUUCAGUUUGUUGUUUCAAUGUUUAUAUUUGCAUUUCUUCACAAAAGAACAAGUUUUUUUUACUUCCAGUGGAGAUUACAGUAUCUACAUAUUUUUAUCACAAUUCUCAAAUAUUUCUGUCCAGGACUGCAGGCAAUAAAAGUGAAUUUGGAAACCAGUCUGAAACGAGCAUUUGAUUGGUUGUUUCAGAUUAAAAGCUUGAAAUUGACCAAUAACAAUUAAGGUUGUAUUGUGAGACUGGUCUCCAAACUCAAGUUUUAUUUUCAUGUUAAAUUUAAUGUUGAGAUUUGAAAUUUUAUUUUUAAGUUUUAUACUCAUUCAUAUGGAUCUAGAUAAUCAUAUAAAUGGCACAUUGUUAAUAAAUGUCUAGAUUUGUAUAGAUGCAAUGAGAUGAAAUUUUUAGAUCAUCUGAACUUUGUUCAGGGUGAGCUGUUAGUACAGGUGGAUGGUCCGUCAUCUUGAGUCCAUUGUCCGGCAUCACCAUCUUCUCAAAAACUAUCAAUAAUUAGUCAGAAUUACACCAAACUUGGUCUGUAGCAUUCUGGCAUGGACCUCUCCCAGAUUUGGUUAGAUGGUUCACUUCUAAAUGUCUCUGAUAUCCUUGUAUGAUCCUAAAUUGUUUAAAUUGUUCUGCUUGGGCUCUUUUAGGGGCUGCCAGAGCUAAAAAUAGAAACAGCCUUGAAACUGAUAUUCUCAUAAAUCUUUUGAUGGAUUUUCACCAUACUUUGUAGCAUCCUUGUAUGAUCCUCUCUGAGAUUUAUGCAAAUGGUUCUGCUUGGCCGCUUUUAGUGACUGUCAGAGCCAAAAAGUAGAGUAAAACCUUGAAACUUCCUCCUGAACCAUUUGAUGGAUCUUCUCCAAACUUGUUUCCUAGCAUCAUUGUAGGGUCCUCUGUCAAGUUUGUUCAAAUGGUUUUUGGGGUCUUCAGAGCUAUAAAUAGGAAUAUUUCUCAGAUCCUCACCACACUUUGUCUGCAGCAUACUUGCAAGUUUUCACACCGAGCAAAAGUGUUGUCAUUACAUAUAGUGGUGGUUAAAAGGUCAAGGGCAGGUGAGUGCCUUCAGGGCCACAUAGCCCUCUUGUUUAAAUUUUUUAUUAGCAUUAAAAUUGGAAGUUAUAUUUUUGUCAGUUUAUUAUGUCCUAUGUUGACAGAACUUCCGCAUUUGCUUAUUCAGAUAUAAGCAAAACAAUUUGAUAAAUUAAGAGCAAGCAAAGACAGAAAGACAACAGUGUUACCAGACCAAUGUAUUUCACACAGAUAGUAUUAUUUAAUUAGAAUUAUUGGUCAGUUGUUUGUUUGUCUGACUUAAAUGCUUUUUUGAAAUAUGUAUCAAAGGUUAAAGAUGUUGAAAUCUAUAUAGUAACUUUUAUACAAGAGUGUGAUGCAAAUUCACAGGCCAGCUUUGUUACAAAAUAAGUUUUUUUGUUUGAAGUUCCAUAUUGACUAGUCUGUAGUGUAGUUCUUCAUAUUCUAAAUCAUUUGUCCACCACUGCUGCUCGUUUGUGCCCUGUCAGGAUGAAGACUUGCCUUUUAGGUAGCCAUCCACUUGCCUUGUCAGAAGUCAGUGGUUCUACCCAGCUGCCUGCCUUAGCCAGAAGUCAGUGGUUCUACCCAGCUGCCUGCCUUAGCCAGAAGUAAUGCAAAACACCUCUCCUAAAUUUUGCUUUGUUUGUUACACAAGGAAUUGGCAAGUGAUGUUGCUGUUAUAUUUCCUGAACCAGCUGUGUGGCAGUGCAGUUAUUUUGCAUUUUGUAUGAAAAAGAGUAUAACUGCUUUUAAAGAAUUGUUGUAUGAAAGACAUACCCAUUUAGAUGUAUUUUUAUCAAAUUGUAAGAAAGCAUUUUGUACUUUUUAAUAUUGAAGAAUAUAAGAUAUAUGUAUGUGCAUAGAUAUCUACUAACUUGUUGUGCCAAAUGUUAUCUCUCUAGUAAAGUUUUAUGUAUUGUAAUAAUUGUCUCAUUUAUCCUAAUUUAAUAUUUUGUUUGUAGAUGUUGGAGGAAGUAUGCAAAGUAACUUGUAUAUUCAUUAAUAAUAGUGAUAUGUAAUUAAAAAAGAUAUGUUUUUAAAGCUGUCACAAAUAUAUAUAAACUGAUAAAUAAAUGAAAAUAAAAAUUA